CUCUCAGUUGGGUCUUUUAGUUCUUGAUUCUCCGCAAUCCUAUUCACUUGAUUUCGUUUGCGACCUUGUGAGAAUUACUUUGCUACACAAAGCUCGAGCUUACUACUUCAUUUCAAAAAGUGCUGGUUUCAAUUCAGUGAGCAAGGUUAUACAUCAUGCUUUCAACUCCCCACUCGGAGCCUGUAUCUAAAGACAAGAUUGAUGCAGAGUUGAAAUACGAUCCGUUCCCAGACUGCAACGAUUGUCUUCGCAUCGUUCGAGACACUGAGAGUUCUCGACAACGUGGCGAGGAUGGGGCUAGAGCACGUACAUUUUCCGAAAACGAAGACUCUUGGUCCGCAUCUCAAAUUUUCCACAGCGAUUGCGUUACUUGCACGGCUAGAGAAGAGUCAGAAACCCCACUUUGCACGUCUUGCCAACACCUGCGACUAGAGCAUCUCUCGUUCUGUAUGAAAGUCGAAGACCUCCCGGAAAAUGUGCCAGUACCACGCUCAGAGGUAGAUGCCUCGUGUCCCCUUUGUCAGAUCUUCGAUUAUGUUGCUGAAGGGAAAUCAUCGGCACAAAGAGAACCACUCGGGUAUCCGAUGUAUCUUACCCCUACUAGAUGGCGGGAUCAGGAGGUGCAGUGGCGUGUAACAGGCGAACGUUGGGGUUUCAAUGGGACCGGCGCAUUUCUGGUCGUUCAACGGACUGAACGAGGAGCAGUCAUGAGCCCAAUGUUGCAAGAUGAGACUAUUCACACUCUGAAGUAUUGUCUCCAAGACUGCAGCAACGAGCAUUCAUUCUGUCAGGCACCAUCGGACAUCCGGCUACCUGAGAAAUUCAGGCUCAUCGAUAUCAAGGAUAAGCGUAUAGUUCUUCGGUCUGACAGCGAUAUCAGUCAAGGAUACGUGGCUUUGAGCUACGUCUGGGGAUCCCUCAGAGACAUUGGCAGUGGUUCAUCGACAAACUCGAAUAUCGCCCAGAUGUCGACGUCUAUGGAUAUUUUAGAACUACCGAAAACCAUUCGAGAUGCUAUACAGGUUUGUGAAAAGCUAGGAGAGCGUUACAUCUGGGUCGAUCGUCUCUGUAUUGUGCAAGAUAACGAAGACGACAAGUUUGAUCAAAUCCAUGCCAUGGCGGGAAUCUACUCAGCUGCGAAGCUGGUGAUAGUCGCUGCCUCUGGAGACAAUAUGGAUGCAGGUCUAUCUGGGAUCAGCCAACCACGCAAUCCUCAAAAGUCACAGAUAUUUAGUGGCAUUCAAGUUAAUGUUCAGUUGGCGCCAAUGUGGGACACCGUUGAUAAGUCGACAUGGAACUCUCGGGCAUGGACAUAUCAAGAAGUCAUUCUUGCAAAGCGCAAACUAUUCUUCACCGAAGCACAAGUUUACUUUGAGUGUGUCUAUCGUAUAAAUCACGAAGAGACACUAGCAUAUCCAUCUUUUGACCCCUCAUUUCACGACAAAGAUCACUAUCCCACCUCGACCACGAGCUUAACGUACAAUGAUCUCGGUUGGAGCAAGGAUCAGGUUAGUAGCACCAUAUUAUCAUCUACGGGUGAGUCAUCAUGGAAAGCAUACCAGCGGCAUGUCCCACGAUAUCGUCACCGCAAAUUGAGUCACGAAUCAGACCUCUUGAAUGCACUAACCGGAAUCCUGAACGCCCUUUAUCCCGAGUCCGACAUAUACCAUGGGCUUCCUCUUCCUGAGCUCGACAUAGCUCUUCUCUGGACCCGACAGGCAGAUUGGCUCAGGAGGCAAGACAAGAGUGAAGCCAAGCUCUCCACAUUAUUCCCUUCAUGGUCAUGGGCAUCUUCCCCCGCGGAGAUCCCGAGCCUAUACAACGUUGAUUUCGAGUUCUACGGGACUCUUUGUCUAUGGUUUCGUCCCAGACCUACAGAUGGCCAGAGAUGUGAGCUGGAAGUAGUUUUAGCGAACACAAAGGCUGCUGCUUCAUGGCGCGAAUCCACAGGCUAUCUGAAUGACAAUGUUAUCCGCGUUCAUAUGGCUAGGGCUUUGCAACAUGGACUGGUAGAAUCCUGGAUAGAAGACAACGCCAUUGCUGGUCAGUGGGAGAAGCCUUCCGCUGAGCUGGAAACAUUCCUUCAAGAACAAUGGCCAAAAUACCCAGACUUCUGGAACGAUGUCUUUGGUCGAGAUGAUACACUUACCAGAGCACGUGGGAAGUUGCAAGGCAUUUCCGACAAACUCAAAGAUGGUCUCCUAGUCACCCGUGCUCAAGUUGCCAGGCUGAAGAUCAAAGGCUCGGGGACUAGCGCGCAAAUUCUCAAUGAUGCCGGGGAAAAAGUUGGAUGGUACGUCGAUGACACUAACCACCAAGUGGCCGAGCUUCAGCGAAACGGCCAAGAAAAGUUCGAAUUUAUUGCGCUGUCAGUCUCUGGAUCGGGAGCGGAAGCGACACAGAAGAACGCUUUUGAAGAUUCUGAGGGGAAUCUUCCCAAAGUUCUACCUAUAAUAAAAGCUAUGAUAGUUCGGAGAGAGGGAGAUUACUACUAUCGAAUCGGCCUCACACAGAUAUACAUGAAAUGUUGGGUGGAACUCAAUGCGCCGUUUCAGACAGUGUUGUUAGCUUGAGAUUGUGUUCGAGGGAUUAUGGAUUGUUGGCCUUGAAAGGUG